GCCUUCCGUCCGAGCACCGCUCCGCGCACCACCCCUCCGUGGGCGGCGGGGCUUCCUGCCUCCCCCACCCCCACGCGGCCCUCCCGGAAGUGGGGGCGGGCCCCACCUCGGCCGCACAGACCCCGCCCUUCUGGCCGGGGGGCCCUCCGCUUCACCUCUCGGAGCCUAGGUUUCUACAGCCACGGAGUGGGGCGGGCGCCCCCAGCCGGGCCUUCUUCCCAGGGUAGCUGUUACAGCUUUAUGUUAUCCCUGCCUUUUAUCAUCAAAAUGUGAAUGAUUCUGGAGCCAGUUUACAAAGAGAAGCUGGGAAAUAACAAGGGAAAGUAAGCCCACUUCUGUGUAAGAAAGCAGGGUUUGCUAAGUGCUUCCCGCCCGGUUCUUCUGUUUUUCCCUAUAACCCUGUAGGGAGGUAGAGCAGAGGUUUGAGACUCAGAGAGUUGCCUUGGCCAAGUCGAAACUAGAACCAGGUCUCUGGUGCCUUUUUUCGUUUCCUUCAUCGUCCCAGGAGGUCCCCUCCCUUCUGGGCCUGCUUCCCUGUGGGUCUGGGGUGUGCUGUGCUGUCUCCCCAGUCACUCCGACCAAGCCCAUUGGCGCUGAUAAGGGCGGGUUUGCUGACCACACCAGGGCUCUGAGUGACCCACGGUAAAAUGAGAGUGCCGGGAAGGAAACAGGAGGUGGGAGUUAAUGCUUGUGGGCCCCUGCUAUGUCGAAAGGACUGUGCUGGCGGGUUCGUGUUGCGGGAAGGGCGGGGGGUAGGGAUACAGGGCGCCCGCGCCUCCGGCUGUGGGGUGUAUGUUCUGAGCUGACUGCCUACGGGCGGGAGGGAGACAUGUGACCACUGAGUCCUUCAUCAGCUGGUGCUCCCAGAAAUGGACAGCAGUCAGAUGAGAGGCUCUGCUUGCCCUCAUGACUUCUCUGUGUUAAGCAUUUUCAGGACACGAGAUGCCGUGCUGCUUUCCGUGAGCUGGUCGUCGAGUGUGCCUCCUGCAGCCCUUUGUGAACCUCCGGCUGUGUGGGGGCUUGGCGGUGCCCCUUGCCAAGAUGAAGUGCGUCUUAGUGGCCACAGAAGGUGCAGAGGUCCUCUUCUACUGGACAGACGAGGAGUUUGCAGAGAGUCUGCGGCUGAAGUUUGGGUUUGAGGGAGAAGAGCUUCCUGCCAUGGAGGACCAGCUCAGCACCCUCCUGGCCCCAGUCAUCAUCUCCUCCAUGACCAUGCUGGAGAAGCUCUCAGAUACAUACACGUGCUUCUCAACGGAAAAUGGCAACUAUCUGUACGUCCUUCACCUGUUUGGAGAAUGCCUGUUCAUCGCCAUCAAUGGAGACCACACGGAGGGCGAGGGUGACCUGCGGCAGAAGCUGUGCGUGCUCAAGUACCUGUUCGAGGUGCACUUCGGGCUGGUCACCGUGGAUGGCCAGCUCAUCCGAAAGGAGCUGCGGCCCCCAGACCUUGAGCUGCGCAUCCAGGUGUGGGAGCAUUUCCAGAGCCUGCUGUGGACGUAUGGCCGCCUGCGGGAGCAGGAGCAGUGCUUCGCUGUGGAGGCUGUGGAGCGAUUGAUUCACCCUCAGCUCUGUGAGCUAUGCAUAGAGGCCCUGGAGCGGCACGUCAUCCAGGCCGUGAACUCCAGCCCCGAGAGGGCCGGCGAGGAGGCCCUGCACGCCUUCCUGCUCGUACACUCCAAGCUGCUGGCCUUCUACUCCAGGGGGCGCCAGUGUGCGCUGACAGCCGGCUGCUCUCUCCGCAGCCACAGUGCCAGUUCCCUGCGCCCAGCUGACCUCCUCGCCCUCAUCCUCCUGGUCCAGGAGCGCUACCCCAGCGAGACCACAGCGGAGGACGACGACCCUCAGCCUUCCCCACAGAAGCCGUGGAGCAGCCAGAGCAUCCCCGUGCAGCAGGCCUGGGGCCCUGCUUCCACAGCCCGGGCCAGGAGGAGUUCUGCAGCAACCGAGACCGACAGCUUCUCCCUCCCUGAGGAGUACUUCACACCAGCUCCUUCCCCCAGGGAGCACAGCUCAGGUAGCACUGUCUGGCUGGAUGAGGGCACCCCACCCACGGAUGCUCCCCAGGUCCAGAUAGCUGAAGACAGCCUCCAGACGCUGGUCCGUCCCUCCCCAGUCGCUUCCUGCCCCAGAAGGAUUUUCCUAGAUGCCAACGUGAAGGAGAGCCACUGCCCCAUGGUGCCCCACACUGCCUACUGCCUGCCCCUGUGGCCGGGCAUCAACAUGGUACUCCUAACCAAGGGCCCCAGCACCCCCCUGGCCCUCGUCCUGUACCAGCUGCUGGACGGGUUUUCCCUACUGGAGAAGAAGCUGAAGGAGGGGCAGGAGGCCGGGAGCACCCUGCGGUCCCACCCGUUCAUGGGCGACCUGCGGCAGAGGAUGGACAAGUUUGUCAAGAAUCGCGGGGGGCAAGAGAUUCAGAGCACGUGGCUGGAGUUCAAGAGCAAGGCUUUCUCCAGGAGCGAACCCGGAUCAUCCUGGGAGCUGCUCCAGGCGUGUGGGAAGGUGAAGCGGCAGCUUUGUGCCAUCUACCGUCUCAGCUUCCUGACCACAGCUCCAGGCCGGGGGGGCCCCCAUCUGCCCCAGCAGCUACAGGGCCAGGUGCAGGCCGUCAUGCAAGAGAAGCUGAUGGACUGGAAGGACUUCUUGUUGGUGAAGAGUAGGAGGAACGUCACCAUGGUGUCCUACCUAGAAGACUUCCCGGGCUUGGUCCAUUUCAUCUAUGUGGACCGCACGGCCGGCCAGAUGGUGGCACCUUCCCUCAGCAGCAGUAAAAGGAUUUCGUCAGAGCUGGGCAGGGGGCCACUGGCCACCUUCAUCAGAACCAAGGUCUGGUGUCUGAUCCGGCUGGCGCGCAGAUGCCUGCAGAAGGGCUACAGCACGCUGCUGUUCCGGGAGGGCGACUUCUGCUUCUCCUACUUCCUGUGGUUCGAGAACGAGAUGGGGUACAAACUCCAGAUAAUAGAGGUGCCUGUCCUCUCGGAUGACUCGGCCUCCAUCGGCGUGCUGGGAGGAGACUACUACAGGAAGCUCCUGCGCUACUAUAGCAAGGGCCACCCCGCUGAGGCCGUCAAGUGCCACGAGCUGCUGGCCCUCCACCUGUCGGUCAUCCCCACAGACGUGCUGGUGCAGCAGGCCGGCGAGCUGGCCCGGCGCCUGUGGGAGACCUCCCGCCUCCCCUUGCUCUAGGCCAGGGCACUGCAGUCUGGCUGUGCACCCCGGCCCCCUGCAGAGCAGCCGCUAGAGAGCCUAAGAGAGCCAGGGGGCUUUCUUUAAGACAGCCCCCUGGCUCUCUUAAAGAAACCACCUAGACUAGGCUCCCCUCCAGGUACCAAACCCCCAAAUCCUUCUUUUUGGGGGAGGAGGGAGGCCAGGGGAGUCCCUUGGUCUCCUUAAAACAACAGUGGCUGUGAGGUUAGAACUAGGGCAUCUGCUUUCAGAGCUGCCUCUCCCUUGAUCUCCAGGAGACAGGAAGUCCCCGGGGCUUGCGGGCGUCUGAAGAUACCUCCUUUAUGCUUUCCUUGGAGUGGAGAGAGAGCUUCCUCGGGAAGCCAUUUCCCUCCCCAGAUGCAAGGUGCUGCCUUGGCUGGGUGGGCCGCUUCCUCUCUGCAGCUCUGGGCGGGUUUCCUAUACUCUACAGCCGUUUCCCCCACAUUCAGAGGGCUAGCACCUACCUCUCGGGGUGGUUGUGAGGGCUGCCUGGCACACGGCAGGUGCUCAAUAAAUGCUGGUUGUGGUCA